CUUGUCUAGCCCGGUGACGGUGACGGGAAAUUUGUUUCCCGAUGAGCAGAGAAAGCACCUUGGACUCAAGGAAGGUGUGGCGACGUCUUGAUCCGCCGCCUUUCUCGUGAGUAGAAAAUAAAACCGAACCCGAGCCGAGGAUACAUUUCUGCUUCUUUGCGUUGCUUUGCUUUGACCAACAACAAAGCAGAUCCUCUGCAGUCGUCGUCGUCGUCUUCGCCAACAAGAAAGAUCGAUCGAAGAUGGCGCGCGACCAGCUCCAGGUGCUCAGCGCGCUCGACGCCGCCAAGACGCAGUGGUACCACUUCACCGCCGUCGUCAUCGCCGGCAUGGGCUUCUUCACCGACGCCUACGACCUCUUCUGCAUCUCCCUCGUCACCAAGCUCCUCGGCCGCAUCUACUACUACCGCGACGGCUCCCCGGACCCGGGCUCCCUGCCCCCCAACGUCGCCGCCGCCGUCAACGGCGUCGCCUUCUGCGGCACCCUCUCGGGCCAGCUCUUCUUCGGCUGGCUCGGCGACAAGAUGGGCCGCAAGCGCGUCUACGGCAUGACGCUCAUGUGCAUGGUCCUCUGCUCCCUCGCCUCGGGCCUCUCCUUCGGCCACACCCCCAACACCGUCAUGGCCACGCUCUGCUUCUUCCGCUUCUGGCUCGGCUUCGGCAUCGGCGGCGACUACCCGCUCUCCGCCACCAUCAUGUCCGAGUACGCCAACAAGAAGACGCGGGGGGCCUUCAUCGCCGCCGUCUUCGCCAUGCAGGGCUUCGGCAUCCUCACGGGCGGCGUCGUCACGCUCAUCGUCUCCGCCGCCUUCCGCGCGCGCUUCGACGCCCCGGCCUACCAGGACGGCGCCCUGGCCUCCACGCCGGCGCAGGACGACUACGUGUGGCGCGUCAUCCUCAUGUUCGGCGCCAUCCCCGCGCUGCUCACCUACUACUGGCGGAUGAAGAUGCCCGAGACAGCGCGCUACACGGCGCUGGUGGCCAAGAACGCCAAGCAGGCGGCCAGCGACAUGUCCAAGGUCCUCCAGGUGGAGAUCUCGGCCGACGACCAGGCUGCUGUCGACAAGGAGGAGAAAGGCCGAGACUUUGGUCUCUUCUCCGGGGAGUUCGUGCGCCGGCACGGCCUUCACCUGCUGGGCACCGCGACGUGCUGGUUCCUGCUGGACAUCGCCUUCUACUCGCAGAACCUGUUCCAGAAGGACAUCUUCACGGCGAUCAACUGGAUCCCCAAGGCUCGGACGAUGAGCGCGAUGGAGGAGGUGUACCGCAUCGCGCGCGCGCAGACGCUGAUCGCGCUGUGCGGGACGGUGCCGGGGUACUGGUUCACGGUGGCGCUGAUCGACGUGCUGGGUCGGUUCAAGAUCCAGAUGAUGGGGUUCGCGAUGAUGACGGUGUUCAUGCUGGGGCUGGCCGCCCCCUACCACCACUGGACGACGCCCGGGAACCACAUCGGCUUCGUGGUGAUGUACGCCUUCACCUUCUUCUUCGCCAACUUCGGGCCCAACUCGACGACGUUCAUCGUGCCCGCGGAGAUCUUCCCCGCGCGGCUGCGGUCGACGUGCCACGGCAUCUCGGCGGCGGCGGGGAAGGCGGGCGCCAUCAUCGGGUCGUUCGGGUUCCUGUACGCGGCGCAGAACCAGGACAAGGAGAAGGCGGAGCACGGGUACCCCGCGGGCAUCGGCGUGCGCAACUCGCUCUUCGUGCUGGCGGCGUGCAACCUGCUGGGCCUGGGGUUCACGUUCUUGGUGCCGGAGUCCAAGGGGAAGUCGCUGGAGGAGCUGUCCGGCGACAACGAGGACGAGGCGGCGCCCGCACACGCCAGAACCGUGCCGGUGUAGGCGCCUCCAGAUGAUGGAAUCAUUCUAUCCAUAGACAUCCCACCAAUCAAAUACCAUAUAUAUAUAUUCUGAAGUUGCAACGAGCGAUCAA